CAAGUACAGCACAACUGGUCGGCGUACAACAACUCAACAACGUCCUACAACACCACAACUGAGCGUACAACGUCCUAUACGGAAAACUUCGAUGGCUGUCAGACAGUUUGCUGUCGCCGUGCUGGUCCUGACGAUGCUGUUUCGCUGUCGCGCGCAGAGGCCGGCGUGCUGUGAGUCCGGGUCGUGCAUCUGUCCCUACGUCAGCCGCCUGCAUAACCCGGGGAACCACGGCUACGGCAUCCUCACGACGGGCAAGCGGCAGUGGAGACAGCACGGGCCGGCCACGCUGUCACCCAACCAACUUCUCACGACGUCUCAAGCAGCGCCACCUGGCGGAGAGGGCGCGACGACAUCCAGUCAUGAUACAGACAGAGACGAUCCCGUCAUCAGUGUCCGUGUGAAACUGCACCGCCUGGCCGAACGACUCCAUAAGCUCAGAGAGAAGUCGCUGACGAAAGCCUCACGCCUGUGGUCCAGCUCCGGCCCGAUGAAACCGCCGCCGGCGUCCGUACAGCAGCGCGCUAUGGACCGGCGGUAGAGACCGGGCAGACAGGACUGCAAGCAAGCAAGCAAGCAGGAACAAGAUUUGUGCAGCAAGAAAGCAAGCGAGCAAGCAAGAACAAAAUUUGAAAAUAACGGCUUUAUGAUAUCGUUACGACGAGGGUGAUUCUGAGAACACACGAUGAAAUGAAAAAACAAAAACGAGUAUGUAAGGAUAAAACGUAAUGUAUUUCACUACUUCUCAAGUAUUUACUGUGGAGGAACUGGUUCUCUCUGUACAGUUCCACACUUCUAUACUGUACCGA